CAGUGGUCGGACAUAUUGACACCUCAGCCUCCCUUCCAUCUUCCAAGAACUGGAAAUCCUGCGCAAAGCGUCAAGACCUCCGAAUCUGCAACUUAUCCAACCAUGCCAACCAAUCUUGCCGCCUGGACCACCUCGAAGGGCUCGCCCAUCGAGGUGAAAGAAGCUCCCAUCCCCAAGCCUGAGCCGACCGAGAUCAUCAUCCGCACGGCCGCCGUCGCUUUCAACCCGGUCGACGCCUAUAAGUACAAGCUCGGCAUGCUCAUCACCAGCUUUCCUUUUGUGGGCGGCUGCGAUGUCGCCGGGACAGUUCACGCGGUCGGCUCAGCAGUGACUCGGUUCAAGCCCGGCGAUCGUGUUGUUGCUCUGCAGGACCUUGAAGGAGAGCGCAGCAACCGUGGUUGUUUUCAGCAAUACUGUGCCGCGUUCGAGGCGCUGGCGGGCCAUUUGCCGGAGAAGGUGUCCUUCAAGAAUGGUUGCGUCCUACCGAUGGGAGUCUGUGUGGCUGCCACCAGUCUGUUCGAGGGUUGUAAUAUGGGACUAGAGCUGCCGAAACUGGAGCCCAAAAGCAAUGGAAAGUUAUUAACCGUCUGGGGAGGAGCAAGUAGUAUGGGUAGUUGCGCAAUCAUGAUGGCGAAGGCUGCUGGGUACGAGGUCGCUACUACUUGCAGCGAGCGCAACUUCGAAUACUGCAAAGGACUGGGUGCUGAUCACGUCUUCGACUACAGCAAGGACACAGUUGUUGAUGACAUGGUGAAGUCGCUCAAGGGUAAAGACUCUGUCGGUGUCUUCGACGCCGUAAUGUAUCGGGAUACUAUGGUCAAGAGCGCCCACUUGGUUGAUCAACUAGGCGGACGGAAGCAUGUCGCCACUAUCAUGGUUGGCGUCGAAGGGCAGAGGAUGCCAGAAGGGUUGCCGGAGGGCGUAACCACGAACUACUGCUGGGGGAGCAUGAUCAAGAACGACGACAUUGGGAAGUACAUCUGGGGCGAGUGGUUCACGCCUGCGCUUGAGAAGGGGCUGUUGCAGUGUAAGCCAGCACCUGAGGUCGUGGGUCAAGGGCUGGAGUCCAUCCAGGAGGGUAUCGAAAAGAUGUUCAAGGGUGUUUCUGCCACGAAGCUGGUGGUGGAGAUGGAGUGAAUGUGGUCUUCGCUGGAGGAAGUAACCUUUGUCCAAGCUACAAGGGCUGGGUUCGCUAGGAGCAAGUCUGGAAACAACCGUUCUGCCAUAUCGCCGGGUACAGGUAGUGCUCGUAUAGCGGGAUAUAUAUGAUGGAAAAGCAACGAGUUCAUAAUAUGCUGAGUUGGGAGCUUGGGGG